AUGUCAGACCAAGAGCAGACCCAUAAAGAUAAUGCUCUAAAGAAAUCAGUAGAAUGAGAGUCUUUCUCUAUUGAAGAGAGCCAUGGAAGUCAAGAAUCCUUACUGUUUGAAAAGAGUAUGAUGGCUUUUAAGGAUCAGAAGAUACCUCUCAUGGGAUCUCUAAAAGAAAUCCUAUUUGCUUCUAUACCCUCGAUGUUUGGACUAGUCUUCCAAGUCCUUACAGAGGUAUCAAACUUGGUAUUUGUAGGACAGUAUGGUGGUGCCAAAGAUUUAAGUGGAGUCGGACUUGGCAAUAUGCUUGUUAACAUCAUAAUCUUUUCUAUCGGAAUGGGUAUGAAUGGGGCUUUAGACACGCUUGUAUCUCAAUCCCACGGAAACAAGCAAUACUAUUUAUGAGGAGUGUAUCUCAACAGAGCAAGAAUUAUCCAAGCCAUUCUUUUCGUACCUGGAGCUAUACUUUUACUAUUCACAAAACAGAUAUUGAUCCUGUUCCAACAAGAAGAGGAGGCAUCAGAAAUCGCAAGAUUAUAUGUUUGUGCUAUGAUUCCAGGUCUUUUUGCGAUGACCCAGUUCGAGACUCUGAGACGGUAUCUCCAAGGGAUGGAGAUUUUCCAUAUUACCAUGAUCAUUCAAUGUAGCACUAUGGUUCUCCACUUCUUAUGGACUUAUUUAUUAUUUGUUGUCCUCGAUAUGGGAAUUUUAGGGGUGAGCAUAGCAACAUUAAUCACUUUUUGGCUAAAUCUUCUCAGUGCAACACUUUUGUUGACAUAUAAAAAGGGGAUUGUCCAUGAGCAAUCCUGGUCAUUCUUUAACAAAGAUAGCUUUGCAGGAUGGGGUCAAUACAUUAGAUAUGGCAUUCCAGCAACUUGUAUGCUCUGAUUAGAGUGGUGGGCUUUUGAAGUUCUAGAAAUUUUUGCGGGCAUGGUCAGUGUUGAUGUUCUCGCUGCUCAUGUAAUCUUUCAAAAUUUUCUCUAUUUCUUGUUCCAAAUUCCGUUUGGAAUAGGAUUUGCUAGUGCAAAUCUUAUUGGAAAUUGAUUAGGAGAUUGAAAUCCUUCCAAAGCAAGAAAGUAUUUCCAUUCAGCUUUGUUACUUAUAUUUAUGAUUACAACUGUGAUUGACAUACUUAUUUUCACAUUCAGAAGUUCUCUCUCAAGAAUAUAUACUCAAGAAGACUCAGUCAACAUCAUUGUCAGAGACACUACUCCUGUUGUAGUUGUGAUGGUCAUGCUAGACUUCCCUCAAGGAGUUCUUGCAGGAGUUCUCAGAGGAAUUGGAUCUCAGGAUUUUGGUAGCUUUGUUACCCUUGUAGGGUACUGGAUAUUCUCUCUCCCAGGAGCAGUAAUCCUCACAUUUGUAUUCGAUUUACAACUCAAAGGAAUCUGGGGAGGUAUUCAAAUAGGAACUCUUGUAUGCUUCUCCAGCUUUUUAUACAGAUGUCUCACUGCCAACUGGACACAGUUAUCAAAAGAUGCUGUAAAACGAAUUCAUGAUGAAAAAUUAAAAUUGAUAGAGGGUACAAAUAGCAAAUAA